AUGAAGAUCCAGAAACUUGAGUGGGUCGUAGCACUCUUGGGUAUAUCAAAGUUGGCAUGUGCCUCUAUUGUUUUUAAAUGUGAUGGUGUUGCUAUAACAGUAGACCACAUAAAGACAGCCUAUGAAAACUCUCAAUCAGCACCUCUAAGUGGAUAUCCUAUGGUUAUGGAAAUUCCAUACUUCGGCGAACCUUGCUAUUAUACUGCUUAUCCCAUUUUACUGAACGGCGAAACUAGUAUAAAAAGUCCUAAUGGUCACUAUUUCUUAGCCUGGAAAAGUUCUAUUAAUUGGGAUGUAGUAUCGGUCAAAGAAGGCACUGAACCCUGUUGGAUGACUCCUAAUUUUCAUGGAAGGACUUUGGAUUCAAUAGUAACUAUGUGA